GUUCCCAGAGGGCCCGUGUCCCCCCUUGGUGCCUGUUCCUCUGUACGGCCGCUGGCAGUUGCCCCUGGCACAGUGAUUGGGCACCCUGGCAAUGUCGGACUACUGGGAUGAGAAGAAGCUCCCGGCGCAGCCAGAGGAGGGGCGCUAUGACUCGGGGGUGGGGGACUCGGUGCAGUCCCUGUCGGACCCGGCUGUCGGCCACCUGCAGUCCCUCCCUGAGGAGAGAGGCGCCGAGGAACCUGCCCCAUCUGGGGACAAACUUCAGGAACCUCAAGAACUUGACAGACUGGACUCACUAUAUGGCUCCUCCUCCCUGACCGAGCUGCUGCCCGAAACCUCUCUGCCCAAAAGUGACUCUGAGGGGCCCGACACCCCAGAUUCUCAGCAGCUGGAAUGUCUCACCUACGUGUCUGAGGAGGGCGAUACGUUCCUGCAUCUCACUGUCAUCCAUGGCUGGACCGACACCGCCCUCUGCUUCAUAUCCUUGGCACCGGCCGACGUGCUCAGUAUCCAGAAUGAUCUCUAUCAGACUGGGCUGCACUUGGCCACAUACCUGGGCCAGCUGGAGGUGGUGGAGGCUCUGGUAUCGAAGGGAGUCAACUUGGAACUACAGGACCGGAAAGGGGACACCGCCCUCCAUGUGGCUUGUAAGAACCAGAACUUGGCUUGUGCUAAAGCCCUACUGCAGGGCCCAAAUGGGCCUCAGAACCUCCAGCUGCAGAAUUGGAAAGGCCUCUCCUGUCUGCACAUCGCCACUCUAAAGGGGAACAGCAGCCUCAUAUCCUUACUGCUGAAACAUGGAGCGGAUAUCAACGAUCAGGAGGGCACGAGCGGGAAGACCCCGUUACAUCUGGCUGUGGAGAUGUUGGACGGGGCUUUGCUUACUCACCUGUUGCAGCAGCGGCCGGAGGUGGACUCGCUCAUGUACAAUGGCUGUACCCCGCUGCACUUGGCGGUGGGUAGGAAAGAUGCCGGACUUGCCCGCUUGCUGUGCCAGGCCGGAGCCGAUACCCUGCGAAGGAAUCGGGAAGGGGACACCCCCCAGGACUUGGCAGAGGGCAAUAACCAGCUUCUCGCCCUUUUACCCUUCGAUGACCUGAAGAUUUCCGGCAGACCCAUUGUAACCACCGCGUGACCCCCACCCUGGGGCGGCGUUUAACAAGACUGUGCGCUUGAGAGCUCCCCCGACUGGCCGGUUUGGGCAUUGCAUCUGUCUGGACUACACAGGACUUUGUCUGGCAUUUGACAUGACCCGCAUGAUCCCCUCUGCCAGGGGGGCACCCUGCAACUGCCCCACACCCUACAGAAGAGGGGGACUUGCCUGAUCUUGCUGUGACAAAGCAUUAACCAAUCACAUGUUGUUAAUACAAAGGGAAAUAGUUGUGAUUGGAUAGAGAAAUCUUCCGCUGGGAUGUAUAGGAAGUCCCGCCCCGAGUGACGCGCUUGACAGACUUUGUGUGUAUUUAAUUCUUUUUAUUGGCUCUGUACUUUGGGCUUGGCCACCUACCUGCUCUAGUAAAUGCCCUUAAGCUGAAGGAAAUGCAAUGGCUUGGCUACCAGUACUCCCCCUGCUGACCAAGCAGAGUAUUACACCCCCCAUUUAUUCCUUUCUAUGUUUCCUGCUUGGGGCAGUUACCUUUACUGACCUCUUAUGGAAGGCUGUAAACGUGCCCCGCGGGCAGGAAAGUGUCCACAGAGAUGCCCCCCUGCUACACUGCCAGUGGCAUUGCCUGAGGGACCAUUGUCUGUGGGUGUGGCUCAGCCAGAUAAGCAGCCUAUCUCAGUGACCCUCUGCAGGGCAUUAGCAGUGAUGUUAGCUGCCCCAUCUAGCAGAACUCCACACCUCCCAGUGGCUCUUACUGGAGGUUCCUACACCCAGGGUAGGUUACAGGGGGGAGCCCUGCAAGGUAAUGGGGGCCCAUUGUUUUAUUAAACUGGGGCCACACUGUAGUGCCCUGAUUGCCCCCCCCCCGCAGCAUUUCUGUUAUGUUGCCCCAUGGGUUUGGCUGUGAGAGGCAGCUGAACAGAACGGGGGGCAGUUGGGUUGGUUGGAAACAGAGCAAAUGGGUUUGCAGAGAGUGUCCUGGCUGCUGUGAUUGGCUGGGGGUUGUGCAUAAACACUGAUGCCCCUCCCCUUUUUUUAAAUAUAAAACGGCAUUAAAGUUCCA